AUGUCUAAACAAACGCAAGAACUUCGUGGGGUCAUGGUGGCAUUAACCACCCCCUUCACCGAAGACGGCUCCCAGAUCGACGUAGCUCUUCUCAAAAGCCACAUCAACCGUCUCCUUGACGCAGGAAUCCAUGGCCUCGUCCCCGGUGGAAGCACUGGAGAGUUCACCGCCCUGAGCUUUGACGAGCGCAAACAACUUCUCGAGCAAGUCAUCGAGAUCACCAAUGGCCGUGUGCCCGUGAUAGCUGGAACCGGCUCUUUGAGCACCAAAGAAGACAUUGAACUGGCGCGGCACGCGGCCAAAGUCGGCGCUUCGGCUUUGAUGGUGGUGCCGCCAUUCUACGACGCACCCUCUUAUGAAGAAGUGAAAGAGCUGAUGCGCGAAGUCCACCAAGCUGCCAAUGGUUUACCGAUUGUGUAUUACAAUAUUCCUAGUGCAAGUGGCGUCAAGCUGUCGCCUUCCGAGAUUGCAGGAUUGUCGGAAGUGGGAGUGAAAUAUCUCAAAGAUACUUCGGGCGACGCUCCUGCUCUGACGGAGCUGAUUUUCGGACACAGUGAUGAGAUCACCACGUUUAAUGGAUGGGACACCCUGACUUUCUACGCUCUGGCAGCAGGGUGCAAAGGCACUGUCUGGGGAGCAAGCAACGUCAUCCCAGAGUUGACCGUGCAAUUGUGGGAAACGUUGGCGGUGAAAAAGGAUCUGGUGGCUGCGGAAAAGCUGUGGAAGAAAAUCUGGCCCAUCUGCGCUUUCCUUGAGAGACAUAACUAUGCUGCGGCGGUCAAGACCGCGAUGGAGGUGCAAGGCUACCGAACUGGUGGUGUAAGGAAGCCGUUUAAGUUGCUGGCCGACAAACAUAAGGAGGAGGUGAAGGGUCUAUUGGCGAAUGUGUGA